AUGACGCUCGGAACGCUUGAGGUUCUUCUUGUCAGCGCCAAAGGCCUCGAGAACACAGAUUUUCUCUCUAACAUGGACCCUUAUGCGGUCCUCACUUGCAGGACUCAGGAGAAGAAAAGUAGUGUCGCAUCAGGUAAAGGAACUAACCCUGAAUGGAAUGAAACAUUCCUGUUCACCAUCUCUGACGGAGUCGUGGAAUUGAAAAUCAAAAUAAUGGAUAAAGAUAAUCUCAGUGAAGAUGAUUUUGUUGGAGAAGCAAUGAUUCCUUUAGGGCCGGUAUUGGCUGAAGGUAACAUUCCGCCAACUAUGUACAAUGUUGUCAAGAAUGAGAAUUACUGUGGAGAGAUUAGAGUUGGUCUCGUGUUUAAUCCACACCAGCAAAGCAGAGACCGGGGAUAUUCUGAAGAGGAGACCUUUGGUGGAUGGAAAGAAUCGGUCAUGGACUAA